UGUAAUAACGUGUGUUUUUGUGUGCUUGUGUAUGUGUGUAUGAAAACCAGAGAUAGAGACACAGAGAGAGAGAGAGAAGGUAGAGUGUCAGAGAUAUGGCCACAGUGACUUUGACUUCAGAAACCCUGACAAUGAGCCUGUUUUGGUUAUGAAACUACACAUUACUACACAGUUUUUGCUUCAUUCAUGAUGGAUAAACCAUUUCUGGACAUGACCUCAGUGUUAAAUGGCGUACUCUUGGCUUUAAUUCUCCUUGGAAGUGUAGAUGCUCAAGGUUCUACUGGUCUGUGUGUUCCUGCAGUCAGAGUUCGCAAGAGCACUGUUUACAGAGGCUCAAGUAAAAGCCCAUUAAGAGUCCCCUGCCCUGUGAGUUACUGUGAGCAGAUUCCAACUGUUAGAUGGUCCAGACUUGAUGAUUCAGACCAGUGGAUACCAGUCAGUGAAACAGAUCAAGUAACAGUUACACAGGAUCAUCCCACUGCAGGCGAGAAGGAGAUCAUCUCAUAUUUGAGCUUCAAGAAUGUAUCAGUUCAGGAUGGUGGCAUUUAUAGAUGUGUAGCUGCCGGGUCAAAUUCUACAUCACAAAGCCACAACAUUAAUGUGUCUAUUUCAGAUACAAACCUGGACACUGUUAAUGGAAUCAACUCUACUUCAGCUACUGAAAAGAAAGGUACUAUGUUCACAUGGGUGCCCUACAUCAUGAUCUGCUCGGGUAUCCUCGGCCUGUUCACUCUUGUGAUGUUAAUCUCUUUCCUGAGCCUACAUGGAAGCAUAUGUUCAAGAAAAGCUAAAAAACAGAGAACACAAGUACCACCCUGCCCUAACAUUUUAAAAUAUAAUGGGCACGUCCACAGCCAGGAAAAGCCAGAGCAGCGAAAGAAAGUCUUUGACACAUCCAAAGAAACAUUAGAGCCUGACAUGCCCUCACAGCACCCAGUGAUGGAUCAGAAGAGCACACUGAGCAGGAGCAGCGGUGAGCAAGGGCCACAGCAGAUCGUUUAUGCCACUCUGGAACAUCUCACACCCCGAGAAACUUCUUUAAUUAGCCUGCCUUCACGAGAACAGCUUUCAGAGUACGCAUCCAUACGAAUUUGCUGAAGUUGCAGAAUUUUAGAAACAAUAUGAACAGAUUUAAACAGAACUCCAGCAGCCUGAACAUUAGGAGCAACAACGUACCAGCAAACCUCAAUGUCUCUACUGUCAAUUCUACAUCAUCCUUUUCCUUCAAGACUGUUCAAGUCUCAGACACACACACAUGCAUUUUCUAAGCCGUUAAUCCUUCUGCGUGGCAGGGGAUGGUGGAGCCUAUCCUAGCAGUCAUUGUGCAGAAGGCAAGAAACUCCCUGGACAGGUUGCCAGUCUUGCACAGGGCAGACAGACAGACACACACACACCCAGGGGCAGUUUACAAUGUCAGAUUGGCCUGAAUGCAUGUCUUUGGACUGUGAGAGGAAACCCACACAGACACGGAGAGAACAUGUAAACUUCACACAGCAAGGACCCCCAGAUGCCCGGCUGGGGGAACCGAACCCAGCCUUCUUCUAGCCAUAUAUCUUUUAAAUAAUUUUUUUUUCCAAAAUAUGGCCAAAUGGCAGUUAUUUAGUCAAAAAGCUGUAUAACUUUUCUUCUGUAUAAAUGUCCCCCAGUGGUCAACUUUUGAUGUUUGUGAAGUUUUAUCCCAAAGCAUAAAUAUCUCUUUAUUCUUUAAAAUUAAACAGAAUGUGUUUGUUACUGUAUCUUUGAGACUGUGUUGCAGUUGGCUGUACUGUCUGGUGCCCUGUUGAAAAAGGCAAAAUACACCUUAUACCUUCAGCAUGAAUGGCUGGGGCUAAGCUGCUGUACGCAGUGAAUGAAUGUAAAUGCAUUGUUUUUUUU